GGAGUAUAGGCUGGGGGGGUUGGCGGUGCCGUGUCAUGGAGGCUCAGUCUCGCAGCAGCCAUUGAAGGGGAAGGAACUGCGGGCGCGCGCGUGUCUCUCUCUGUGUGUGAAAGUGUGUGCGUGCCCGAGUGUGCGCGCGCGGGUGUGUGGACUAGGAGGUGGGGGCAGCCGAGUUAGUCCCAAGUCGUCAGACUCCAUUUGCUAUUCUUUUCUUUCUCUCCCACACCCCGGUGGUAGUGGGCGUUCGUCUUUGCGUCUCUUUUCAUUCAUCUCCAGACCUUUAGAGGUUUUUUAGGGUUGGGGGUAGUGGGGAGGGCAGGCGAGGGGAAAGGAGGAGGACAUGGAGAUGAAGAAGAAGAUUAACAUGGAGUUGAAGAACAGAGCCCCGGAGGAGGUGACAGAGUUAGUCCUUGAUAAUUGCUUGUGUGUCAAUGGGGAGAUCGAAGGCCUGAAUGACACCUUUAAAGAACUGGAGUUUCUCAGUAUGGCCAACGUGGAGUUAAGUUCUUUGGCCCGGCUUCCCAGCUUAAACAAACUUCGGAAGUUGGAACUUAGUGACAAUAUAAUUUCUGGAGGCUUGGAAGUCCUGGCAGAGAAAUGUCCAAAUCUUACCUACCUCAAUCUGAGUGGAAACAAAAUUAAAGACCUCAGUACAGUAGAAGCUCUGCAAAAUCUUAAAAAUUUGAAAAGUCUUGACUUGUUUAACUGUGAGAUCACAAACCUGGAAGAUUACAGAGAAAGUAUUUUCGAACUGCUGCAACAAAUCACAUACUUGGACGGAUUUGAUCAGGAGGACAAUGAAGCGCCCGACUCAGAGGAGGAGGAGGAGGACGAGGAUGGAGAUGAGGAUGAGGAAGAUGAGGAAGAAGAUGAAGCUGGUCCACCUGAAGGAUACGAAGAUGAGGAUGAGGAUGAGGAUGAAGCUGGCUCAGAAGUAGGAGAGGGAGAAGAGGAGGAUGAAGAAGACGAUGAUGAUUACGUUGAUGAAGGGGAGGAAGAGGAAGAAGAGGAAGAAGAGGGUCCUCGGGGAGAGAAAAGAAAGCGAGAUGCUGAAGAUGACGGGGAGGAAGAUGAUGAUUAGACCCUCCAAGGAGAGGCUGCCUGACACUCCCGGUCGUGCAGUAGGGCGGUCACAUUGUCUGUGUUUCUUUAUGUAUGAUAGCUGUCCCAGUAGGAGAUGAUGUGUAACUUUUUAUAGGAAAAGUGUGGUUUUACUAUUUUGGCCUUACCAUUCCGGAUAAGAUUUGCUAGUCUGUUAAUCAUAAUGUACUUAGAAAAGAAUUCUCCUUCAUCUUCCCAUGGUGAAAUUCUCUAGCAUUGUAUUUAGAUUCUGGAUUUUUAUAAUUCAUGCUUAAUGUAUUAGACAUUUUUAGCCCAUAAUUAAAACAUGGUUGCUUUUACACAGGUGUAGUUUGGUGCAUUUCAUUCAUAAUGUUUUAAAGUUAUUUAUAAAUUAACGAAUUACACUUAGCUGUAAUAUGAAUUGGCAGUAGUCUUGAAUUAUAAAGCUGGAUUUUGUUUUGUUUUUUUAGAGGCGAUCCAGAGAUCAUCAGCGUGAAGGCAGUUUUUGGGGUGGGGCGAGGGUAUCUGAGGACGUUCCUGUCACAGUUUGGAAAUUAGAGGCAGAAUCAGGGUUCUCUCUUCAGAAGGCAGGUCAUGGGCUCAGUCCUGCGGAGCCAUAGAUAGUUCAGGGCUCUGUCUUUUCUCAGUCCAGACUUGCUGUGGAGCCCCCUCUGUGGGUGACUGAGCGGGCUGUGGGGUUCAGGUGUGCAUCCCCUCCCAGCUGCUCCUCUUCUGUCACCUUCAUUGCUUCAUUCCUGUCCGCAUCCAACAGACAGCUGGCAAAGCUGCAGACACCCCUGGGCUUUCACCUGUACCUCAGCCAUCUCUCUCAGUUUCGAGCAAGUGAAGUGGUUAAGCUGCCGUGAUGAGUGCUUCUUGUUCGGAGACAGGCUUUGUUGGCAACCUGAGGCUGUGUCAGGAUGAAGCAGCAGCUUCCUCUUUCUCCGAGGUCAGACCGAUUGCCAGCUGAUAACCAAUAACACGUUCGGGUCUAAUUUCUCAGUUUUCUAGGCGAUUUGGAUACCAACGCUGUGAAGUAUUUAUUAUGUUUCUUAGUGCAACCUUUAAUUAUUCUUAGUUUGAAAGCGUAAUCAGAUGUGGCAUUUGAUUGGAAUAUAGUGGCCAUAGGAGACUGUUUGAAAAUCAAUCUUGAAGUUGGUAUUUAUUUCAGGUGGAUAUCUGAAAAAUAAAAACAUUUGGGGGUAUGGGCAGGUGCUUUCUCAUGGCUACUAAACAAACAGCAGACAGGCCUCUCCCUUGUCCUGGAAGCUCCAUGUUUCAGGCAGUUGCUUUUUGAAUCUUGGGUACUAACGUUUGUUUUGCUUUUCUUUUAUAUAUCUAAGGUAGGUUUUUGUUUUGUUUUGUCUAUUUCUUUUUUUAAAAGUUAGUGUCAGCAAAAAUUAUUUUUGCCUCUCUUCUGGGACACAUAGAAAUUGCUCAUAAUAGUGGGGCUGCUGCUUUUUCAAGGUAAGAUGUCUGACCUGGUGUUUGAAAAUAAGAAGUAUGAACUUAUUUGUAGAGAAACUGACAAAGUCAUAUGCCUGACUGAAAUAAAUGGUUGAUGAACUCAGUGAGAGCAGGGAUCUCCAAAGGACUAACUUUGUCCCCUUAGUUCAGUAAUUGGAAUCCUGCUCCAGUCCCUAAGAAUUCUCUUUGCAAACUAUGCCAGGUUCAAAAUAAAUGCUUAUUUUUAAAAAUGAAAUCUAUAUAUUGACUUUUUAUCAAUCAUCUAUUGUGCAAUCAAAAUUAGAGUUCUUGAGUUUAAAAACAGCACAUAGGGCCUCCGGAUAACUGUAAGACUUAUUAGCUCUGUGGGUGGUAUUUUCAUGCAAAUAGGCAAGGGUGGGUUUUCUAUUCUGUAGAAGUUCUGGGUUCUGUUCUAACCCUCUCUGUACUGUGCGUGUGUAUACAAUAUGUUAAGUCCUUAGAGACUUUGCAGUUAAUACUUUUGUGCAACUGUAUUUUGAAUAAAGCCACCACAGUGUUAAACACAAGGACAGGCAGUACUGAUCAUGUGUUUCUGACUAUUUUGGUUUUUUUUUUCCUGACUGCUGUAACUUAAGUUUUUGAAACUGCAUUGCUUUGAAUAAAUUGAAGCGUUAUUAAUAA